AUGCAAUUUAAUUUAAGAUUAUUCGCACAAGGCAAAAGUGUCACAAUUCCUACUUCAAAACCAACUUCACCUGUAUAUUCAGUGGAAUCUGAAUAUUUCCCAGAACAUUCGCAAUCUCCCGAACAAUCUCACACUACUGUACGGUCGCACUCACUCGAACAUUCUCAAAAUAUACCGCCACCACCUGGAUCUUCAUCAACUUCUACUAAUCCGCCUCCACCUCCGCCUCCACCUACUUCAAGUUCAUCUAACCCACCUCCACAAACUCGCCCUGAAGAUGCUGAUCAUCGAUACCCACCACCACAAUCUUCAUAA